CAGCGGCGGCUCCGCCASCGCGCCUGCGGGACAUGCGCGGAGCCUGCCGGGCUCCAGCCCCGCUUCCCUCCUCCAUCCCGCCUUUGCUAUGGCGACACCGAGCGGUCUGAUCCGGGCCCUGCACCGCGGGACCCUCGGCCAGAAUGUGGUCGUGGAUCGGAUUUUCUCUGGAAUUCAGCCAACUGGGACCCCUCAUCUGGGGAACUAUCUGGGGGCCAUUCAGAACUGGGUGGAUCUGCAGGAAAAGUGCAGCUCAGUGCUCUACAGCAUUAUGGACAUGCACUCUCUCACCAUGCCCAAGGAUCCAGCUGUCCUACGCCAGAAYAUCCUGGACACCACUGCUGCCCUCCUCGCCUGUGGGAUUGACCCCAAAAAGUGUUUCCUGUUCCGCCAGUCACUGGUUCCUGAGCAUGCAGAACUUGCCUGGAUUCUUGGGUGCUUAACUAAUGUGCCACGUCUGCUACGUUUGCCCCAGUGGAAGAUGAAGCGUGCCAGCCAGCACAGCGAAGGAACUGUUGGUUUGUUGACUUACCCUGUGCUUCAAGCAGCAGAUAUUUUGCUGUACAAGUCAACACGUGUUCCUGUUGGAGAAGAUCAAGUCCUGCACCUGGAACUAGCCCAAGAUAUAGCACAACAUUUCAACAAGAAAUAUGGAGAAUUCUUUCCUGUGCCCAAAGCCAUUUUAAGUACAACAAAGAAAAUCAAAUCCCUCCGAGAUCCAUCAGUGAAGAUGUCCAAGUCAGACCCCCAGAAGUUAGCUACUGUGAACAUAGCAGACARCCCUGAUGAAAUAGUGCUGAAAUUUCGCAAAGCUGUGACUGACUUUACCUCAGAGGUGACCUAUGACCCUGCUGCUCGCCCUGGAGUCUCCAAUUUAGUGGCCAUUCAUGCUGCAGUAACGGGGCUGAGCAUCAAAGAAGUGCUGCACCAAGCCACGGGGCUCGACACUGCUCGCUACAAAAUGGUGGUGGCAGAGUCAGUCAUCCAAAAAUUUGCACCUAUCAGGAAUGAAAUCAAGAAACUCCAGGAAGAUAAGUCCCAUUUGAUGAAGAUUUURGAGGAUGGAGCAGAGAAAGCCAAAGAACUGGCUGUUCCUAUCUAUCAAGAAAUAAGGAGACUGAUAGGAUUUCAGUAGAACCUGCUGAGAUAUUGCAAGAAUUUUUGUAUCAUGGGACRGUGAUUUUGUUAUUUGUAACAAAAUCAUUGAUUAUUAAUCAUUUUUGGUUUGAAACAGAGGCUUUUUUUCCUGGAAGAUCAAAGGAGACCAUUAAAGAACGUGCAUGAAGCCAGAUAUCUCCAGUGGGACCAGUUGAAGAGGGACGACAGAAGCAAUCACGAUUCACAAAGAAAUUGUGUAAAAGCAGAAUAUAAGAUUGCCUGUGCAUUUUUGGAUUUUUCCAUUGACCACUGCAAUGGAAAGGUGAUCAGAAUCUAGCAGAUAGAUUUGUAAUCCUCUCAAGAAUUUACUUAGCUGUGUAUGUUGAUACAGAGC